CGAGAAACAGAAUCAAUGGAUCCCAAUUUCCAGAUCCACACCACCCUCCAAUGUUGUAGCUUACGUAGCUACCUGACGGCAGACCCCGUCUUUUCAGUCUCCUCAGAUAUCAGUGUAUGUAUAUAAAGCCUCAUCUUUUCUUUCUCCCAACAUCCAAGAAACCGAUAAAAUCAUAAACAAGGGAGAAAAUUCCGCGAGAUCUUUCAUCAGAUCGAUUCCAAGGCCCAGUUUCCCACCGGUCUUCACUUUCAAUGGCGCCGAAGGGGAAGCACGGCCGGUGGCAGCCGAGGAGGGCGUCGCCGUCGUGGGCGACGCUCUUCGCCGCGCUGGUAAUGGUUGCGUUCUUCGCUUUGAUUCUCCUAGGUUUCGGGAUUCUAUCGAGUUCCAGAGAUUCCCAGGAAGCGCACGAUCUCAGCACAAUAGCGCGCAGCAUACUGGAGAGAGAAGAUGGCAGUGAAAGAGGAGAUCAAUGGGUUGAAAUAAUUUCCUGGGUGCCUAGGGCAUUUGUUUAUCAUAAUUUCUUGUCAAAGGAUGAAUGCCAAUAUCUAAUUAAUCUUGCUAAACCCCAUAUGGAAAAGUCAACGGUUGUUGACAAUGAAACUGGCAAGAGCAAAGAUAGCAGGGUGCGUACAAGCUCAGGAACCUUUCUUGCUAGAGGUGGUGACAAAAUAAUCAGUAACAUUGAAAAAAGAAUAGCAGAUUUCAGCUUCAUACCUGUAGAAAAUGGGGAAGGCCUUCAAGUUCUCCACUAUGAAGUCGGCCAGAAGUAUGAACCACAUUAUGAUUACUUUGCCGAUGAGUAUAAUAUCAAGAAUGGGGGCCAACGAGUUGCUACGCUUCUCAUGUACCUGUCUGAUGUUGAAGAAGGGGGAGAGACAUUAUUCCCAGCUGCAGAGGGAAAUUUUACUGCAGUUCCUUGGUGGAAUGAAUUGUCUGAAUGUGGAAGACAAGGACUUUCUUUAAAACCAAAGAUGGGCGAUGCAUUACUUUUCUGGAGCAUGAAACCGGAUGCAUCCCCAGACCCAUCAAGUUUGCAUGGUUCUUGCCCUGUAAUAAAGGGUAAUAAAUGGUCAUGCACAAAAUGGAUGCGGAUUCACGAAUACAAAGUAUAAGCCGUUGUUCAUGGUUGUGAAAUAGAUUUUGCUGUGCCCUUUUCUAUAUGGCUACACUUGUAUCUAAUGAUUGGGAAAUGUUACAGAAGAGAAUUUGGAAAAGGAACAGCCAUACAAUACUAGGAAAAGGUUGCCAAGAUAGCUUUUUUUAGACACACAUUUUGUUGUUGUUAUAAACAUGAUUGUUGUCAAUGUUUUAGGGGCUGUUUGUUUCAGCCUCUUAAUGGUUCAGAUGUCUGAAUGAUUCAACACUUAAUGGUUCAGACUGUUUGUUUCAGCCUCUUAAUGGUUCAGAUGUCUGAAUGGUUAAGAGAUUUGCCUCUGAAUGGUUAAGUAUUAUACAGAGUCUGAAUGGUUAAGAGCUUUUAUCUGAAUUGAUCAGACAUUUGCCUCUGAAUAGUUAAACAAUAUACUAGCUCUUAAUGGUUCAGACCUCUUACUGGUUCAGCACUUAAUGGUUCAGACCUCUUACUGGUUCAGCACUUACCCAUUCAGAAGUUACCAAACAGCCCCAAUCUUGUUUCAAUGCCUAGUGGGCGU